ACUCCCUUACAAUCUCCCUUUUAUUCCCUUUUAUUCCCCUCAUAUACAUAAGGGAACCCCUCCUUCAUCUGUCCGUAGUCCUUCUCUCUCUCUCUUUCUGCCUCUGAUACCUCUCCUUAAAAUACACCUAUUUCCAUUUCCACUUCCUUUUUCUUUCAUCUGUCCACCGGCAAACUCUCUCUCUCUCUCUCUCUCUCUCUCCCCUUCUCUCUUCUGCAUUCUUUCUGACUAUUAGUCUCUGCAAUUCCUUCACAUCUGUCCCUCUUCUCUUUCAAUUUCAUUAACCCUAGAGAGAUCCUACUAAAAGCCUGCCUAGCUCUCUCCCCCCGCCUCCUCACCCACUCCCAAAAAUAAAAAACCAUCCCCUUCUUCCUCUCUCUCUCUCUCUCUCUCUCUCACAGUCCCACAGUAUAAACAAAUCUAAACAUCCAUGCAAAUCAUAAGGCACUCAUGAUAUAAUCACUACCUACUCCAACCCUUUUGGGCAUCUCUUCCCUGCAAACUUCAAACCUAUCCCUCUCUCUUUCCUUCUUUAUCUCAUACACCUCUUUAUCUACCCCCCACACCUGUAUCUGAUCUCACCUCAACCCCUCUACUAUUCCCAUGUUCCCAAGCUCCAACUCCAUGAGAACUGCUUUGCCUUUACCUGACCUUUCUCUACAGAUCAGCCCACCAUCAGUUUCAGAUUCUGAAGCUAAGAUGGAUGUGGGCUAUGAUGGAUGGAUGAGGAGAACAUUUUAUGGUACAGAAAGAAGCUCCACCACAGACUCUGGAAGCAGCGCUAGUGGCGGCAGUGAUAUAAGCCAUGAACAAGGAGGGUUCUUGCACCCAGACAAGGGUUAUUAUGAUCUUCCUGGGGUUGAACCCACACUGAGCCUGGGGAUCGAUAAGGCUACUUUGGAACCUCAUCAACACCAACAACAUCCACAACCCCAAUACCUUCCUCGCAAUUUUCACUACCUGCACCAACCUCAAAUAUAUGGUCGUGAAUUUAAGAGAAAUUCAAGAGUGGUUAAUGGAGGUAGGAGAAGCAUCAGAGCUCCUAGGAUGAGAUGGACUACUACUCUACACGCCCAUUUUGUUCACGCAGUCCAGCUCCUCGGUGGCCAUGAAAGAGCAACACCCAAAUCGGUUUUGGAGUUAAUGAAUGUGAAAGACUUAACACUAGCUCAUGUGAAGAGUCACUUGCAGAUGUAUCGAACAGUGAAGAGCACUGACAAAGGAGCAGGGCAAGGGCAGACAGAGAUGGGUCUGAAUCAAAGGACAGGGAUGAUUGAAAUGGAACAUGAUCAUGGUGGUUUAUCUUCAGAGAAAACUGCUCCUAACCCUUCUUAUACUCCCAACACACCACCACCACCACCACCACCACCAACACAAACACUACCAAAAUCUCCAAGAAGUUCGUGGCCAUCAAUGGAAACAAAUGUUUGGAACCCUUUAAUGAAGGAAAGCACAUUAUCUAUUGCAAAUGAACUUACAAAUCAAAGGAUGAACAAGGUGGAUGGGUAUGGUAUAGACCUUUGCACUUCACAAAAUGAGAAGGAGAAGUUGUACUUGAUGAGCUCUUUGGCAAAGAAAUCAUCGCAUAUAUUGCCUAAUCUAGAGUUCACACUUGGGAGACAAAGUUGGCAAAUGGACUAUGCUGAUCAGCCUUCAAAUAAUGAGUUAACUCUCCUUAAGUGUUGAAAUAGAACCUCAAAUAUAUCACUAUUACAUCUCUCAGAAUCAAAGGAAGGGAAAGGAAAAAGGUCUUUCCAUGAGGAGGAAGAGAAGAAGAUGACAUGAAGUUGACAAGUGGAAAAGGGUCGGUGAGGGUUGGGCCUGUUGGGUUAAAAGAGUGAAAGUAGUGUCACUUUAAUGGAAAGUAUGGAGAAUCAUAUCAGACUAUUGGAGUGGAUGAUGAUGGCAUUGAAACAUAUUAGGACCCAUUUGGUUCGCACUGUUAGAACUUGAGGGCCCUUUACGCGUCAGAACCAAAAGGAUAGGUGAAAAGAAAAGAAGAGAAGAGAAGAGAAAAGGAAGAAAUUUAAGGUUUGAUCAGAUGCUGAUCUCAGUUUGGGGCCAGUGUUUCAAGAACUUCUACAGAUGAUAAUGGUUGCCUUUAUCAACUUGUACGUUCAAAUCAUCUCCCAUUGUGCCUGCAACUAAGUAGAACUUAUAUAUAUAUAUAUAUAUAUGCAUUAAUGGCAAGUUAGAGAGAGAGAGAGAGAGAGAGAGAAAGAGAGACAUUUGGGGGGUUGUGAAUGUAUGUUGAACUCAUCAAAUUUCUUUCCUUGUCAUGAUGAGACCAUGGUUUGUGUUGCUAAUAUACAAAUUCAAUUCGUUUUAGGCUUAAUGAUGUUGUGUGAAAUAGGAAAUGGAUUGUACGGAGGAGGGAGUACUCAAUGAAAUUAUGAUAUCUUGGUAA